AAUGGAAAAGGUGAUACGAUUUGCAACAUCUACCGAGGCUCGCCACCUACCAGGCCAGGACUAAAACUAUUCGAAUUUUUGGUUGCGUUGAAUUUUUUAUAUACUAAAAGCCGGUGCGAUUGGUGAAUGAUAUUCGGGUUCAAGAAAUUCGAAUUAUUAAUUAGUGGUGACUUUGUUUUGACAGGAUAAGUGGUGCAUCUGUAAGUGACGAAAGAUGUCCGGGUAUGACAAUCAAGGAUUUGCUGGAGAUGGUACAUAUGGAAAUCAUAAUGAAUAUCCAGGAAGCGAAACCAACAAAAAUCAGCUUGCCAGACAUAGCAAAGACAACGGUUUCUUUACAGUCGAAUUAAAUGAUCGCAAAAAGUCACUAGAAGCAGGCGAAUAUGAUCCGUAUAGAUGGCGAGAUGUGGAACACCCUACCACGGAUACAGAAACUUUUUUGCAUCUUCUCAAAGGGAGUCUCGGAACAGGAAUCCUGGCGAUGCCCAUGGCCUUCUACCACUCAGGAUACCUCUUGGGAGCAGUAGGGACGGCAAUUAUCGGAUUUUUAUGUACUCACUGCAUUCACCUUCUAAUAAGAGCUGAAUAUGAGUUAUGCAAGAGACGAAAAGUGGCUGUGAUGUCCUACCCUGAAACUGCUCUGGCUGGCUUUCAAGAAGGACCUCCCUUUCAACGACGGAUUGCCUUUAUAGCACCGCAUAUGGUAAACAUAUUCCUCCUAAUUUAUCAACUGGGCUCUGGUGCUGUCUACACAAUCUUCAUCGGAGACAACAUCUCAGGCGUAUUCGCCGCACACGGUAUCACCGUAAACGUAAAACUAGUCAUGUUGGCCGCCCUGCUACCUCUGAUACUGAUCAACUGCGUGAAAAACUUGAAAUAUCUAGCACCGCUAUCCACGUUCGCCAAUAUCAUCACCAUGGUCAGUUUUGGAAUCAUUGCUUACUAUAUGUUCAGUAGAGACUUUACCUUUGACGGUAAAGAGCCGUUCGGGGAGGUGAAGAAUUAUCCCUUGUUCUUCGGAACUGUUCUUUUUGCGUUAGAAGCAAUCGGUGUGAUAAUGCCACUGGAAAACGAAAUGAAAACGCCGCAGAACUUUGGAAGCCCUUUUGGAGUUUUAAACAAAGGUAUGGUAGUGAUCACUAUACUGUACACGUCCAUGGGAUUCUUCGGAUAUAUCGCCUAUGGCAGCUCAGUGCAAGGUUCUAUCUCUCUGUCGAUUGGGGACGAUAUACCCGGCCAAAUAUGCAGAAUUCUAUUGUCUAUGUCCAUCUAUGUCACUCAUGGUCUUCAAUUAUAUCCUGCCAUUAAAACCGUAUGGGACAUAUAUUUAUUGCCAUUACUCACUGGAUCAAACCAUUUGGUACUUUUGGAAUACGUCACGAGAGUCUUCUUGGUUACCUUUUGUUUUGUUCUUGCGGUAGCAGUUCCCUACAUCGAUCUCUUCAUCUCCCUGUUCGGAGCAUUGACUCUCUCCGGACUAGGACUCUUCAUCCCUGCUAUGGUGGACAUGGGCACCUACUGGCACCAACGUACCGGCAAGACGAGAAUAUUUACCAUGAUCAAGAACUGCCUUAUCAUCUUGUUGGGAUUCUUUGGACUUAUCGUCGGCACCUCCACGAGUUUGAACGAAAUCAUCAAUAAAUUUUCAAAUGAGUAAAAAAGGAACAAUUUGGUAGAUGUUCUAUCAGAGAACGAAAAGUAUUACGUGAACUUCACCUGAUUUUAUUCGAAGAGAGAUUAUCUUUGUGAACCAGUGGUCUUUAACGUGAUAUUUUUACGUUAAAUUUACGUUGAAAAGACACCUCAAAUUGUACAGGUGUAUAGGUGAGAUUGAACGUAAAUUUCACGCAAGUGUCACUAAAUUUUGUGCAAGUAGUCCAGGCAGGAUAUGUUUUGAUGUGGACAAUUUCCAUAGGAGUCUAUUUUUUGCUGGACUCACUUCAGGAUCCCAGUGAUUCCAUGGAUUCACUACAUCCUGAAGUGAUUCCUGCAAAAAUAGAGCCCGAUAGGACUAUUUUCCAUAGAAAAUAUCAACAGAGCCUGCCUAGACUAAAGUUAGUUUUGUUGACCAAAGUGCGGGUGAUAGUAGAAUAAGACUCACAGAUUGUAAAUAUUUUUUUAUGUAGAUAUAGUUGUAAUUAUUUUCUGAGAAUAUGUGCAAUAUUUGCAAUAAACAGUAAAUAUUUUUUAUGAACAAUUUACGCAGAAAAAGUGAAGUAAACUCUUCUUGUUAAAAAGAUCAAUUGGGAGUAUUUACCGUACGUAAAUAUUGGGGAAUAUAAUAAUAUUUUUUUUAUUUUGUUGUCUCCUUGGCAUUCCAAUUGUAAAUAAUGUUGACUAUUGACUGUACAUACGAGAAAGGACAACCUUAAUAUUUAUUAAUAAUAUAAAUAUAUUUUCUACAUAAUAAAUUUAAAUAAAAAAUUAGAAAUGAAA